GGCGACCGCGCGUGCUACAACUGCGGCCAGACGGGCCACAUCAGCCGCGACUGCCCGAACCCGCCGAGCGGCCAGAGCGCCGACCGCGACGCGGCCUUCGCGUCCUUCGGCGGCCGCUCCGGCGGCGGCGGCGACCGGGCCUGCUACAACUGCGGGCAGACGGGCCACAUCAGCCGCGACUGCCCGAACGGGCCCGGUGGCGGCCGCGACGACGCCUUCGCGUCCUUCGGCGGCGGCGGCGGCGGCAUGGGCGGCGGCGACCGCGCCUGCUACAACUGCGGCGAGAUGGGCCACAUCUCCCGCGACUGCCCCAACGGCGGCGGCGGCGGC